AUGGCGGUUGGGAAGGUGACGUUCACAAAGGUGGAGAGGGAGAAGCUUGCUGAGGUUCUCUGGCUUUUAAACUGGAUCUCAGUGCUGACAGGUGCCAUCCUCUUCAGCCUCGGCGUCUUCCUCAAAGUGGAAAUCCAAAAAUGGCAGGAAGUGAUGUCAGAGCAUGGGAUCCUGUAUGUGCCAAACACUCUGAUCACCACGGGCCUGGCUGCUUGCUGCAUCAACUUUCUGGGUGGGAAGAUCUGCCUGGACUGCGCCGACACCAACAAGUUCCUGCGGUGGAAGCUGGUGAUGAUGCCGUACAUUGUCUGCACCUUCUUCUUCACCUCCUGUGUCCUGAUGGGGGCGCUCAUGUGCUACAGCAUACGUAGCCAGCUAGAGGAGUCUUUGUCAGUGGGACUGAGGAACGCCAUGCGCUACUACAAAGACACAGAUACGCCAGGCCGCUGCUACCUGAAGAAGACUGUGGACCUGCUGCAGAUCCAGUUCCAGUGCUGUGGAAACACUGGCUACAGGGACUGGUUCCAUGUCCAGUGGAUCAGCAACCGCUACCUGGACAUGAGCAGCAGCACCGUGGUAGACCGUCUGAGGAGUAAUGUGGAGGGGCGGUACCUGAUGGACGGUGUUCCCUUUAGCUGCUGCAGCACCCUGUCUCCGCGGCCAUGCAUCCAGCAGCACAUCAGCAACCGCUCAGCUCACUUCAAUUACGACCAGCAGAGCCAGCAGCUCAACCUGUGGAGGCGGGGCUGCAGACAGGCACUGAUGGAGCACUACACGGGCAUCAUGCAGUCCAUCGGCCUCACCGUGCUUCUCAUCUGGCUAUUUGAGCUGCUUGUUCUCACCGGCGUCCGUUACCUGCAGACCGCAAUGGAGAACGUCAUCCGACUUGGUGACCCAGAUUUGGAGUCUGAUGGCUGGAUCCUGGAGAACAGCCUGGCAGAGACAGCUCGCUCCAACUUUAACAUCAUCAAGAAUCUGGGGAAGUGUUACCAGGUCGAUGACGACCCCAACAUCAACGUACCGACCGCCAGCAUCGAGCAGGAAGUGCCAUCCAAACACGUACACAUCCCCAUGAACAGCUAA